AUGCCGAUCGACUUUUACUACACUCCUGGCAGCCCGCCAUGCAGAUCGGUUUUGCUGACUGCCAAAGCCUUGGGUUUGGAAUUGAACUUGAAAACUUUAGAUCUCCACCACGGUGAACACAUGAAACCAGAAUUCAUCAAGCUAAAUCCUCAACACUGUGUACCGACAUUGGUGGACGGUGACUUAGUUUUGUGGGAGAGCCGUGCAAUUAUCGUGUACUUGGCUCAAGCUUACGGAAAAGACGAUUCGCUGUUCCCAAAAGACCCGAAGAAGCAAGCGCUGGUCAAUCAAAGACUGCAAUUUGACGUCAGCACGUUGUACCCGGCCUUUUUCGAUCAAUACUACCCGUGGAUUUUCGCUGGAGUACCAAAAAGCGACGACAAAGAGAAGAAAAUCCAUGACGCACUCGGGUUUUUGGACAUCUUUUUGGGAUCUUCCACUUGGGCUGCCGGCGAUUCAGUGACUGUGGCCGAUUUGGCUUUAGUCGCUUCCAUUUCGACUAUCGAGGCUGUCGGUUUUGACUUGUCGAAGUACGCCAACGUGUCAAAAUGGUUCGAAAAGUGCAAGACUACAUUGGUAGGAUACCAAGAGUCCAACCAAAAGGGAAUCGAUGGAUUCAAAAUCAUGGUAGCCAACCUCACCAAGAAAUAG